AUGUUUUCCCCAGAAGAGAUUGAAGAACGUGUCAGAGCAGUUGGUAGUCAGUCGAGCCUUAUCUUUACUGAAUUUCCUGUACAGAAAGAUGUAUGGAAACUCUACAGCCCUACUCAGAAAAGAUUAGCCCUAGCAGCGUUCGGUCUGAAGAAUGCUAUCCCUAUUUCUUUGUUCGAUGAGGUACCAGACUGGUCGCUACCUACAAAAAUUAGUUCGGAUGCUUUGAACGAUGCUGUUCAAAACUUGAAAGUUCAUAUCAGUCAGCUCUCCUCUUCUAUCUUUUUUUUAGUAAGUGUCAAAAACCAUUACGAGUAA